AAACCCUCUGCUAGCGGAGUCAUCUGUGGAUGUCCACUGUUCACGGAAUGUACCGCAGCCAUGUGUGACAUACACUGGCAAGCGCCCUUCGAAUAUUUGUGGACCCAAGGAUCGGAGCUCUGCCACAUUAUGUGACUAUAAAUUCCAUGUUGGCGGCGUUUCUCUUUCCACAUCUUUCUUUCCAUCUCUCCCUCCACUCACACCUACUUUUUAAUGACCAUGACCAACAACACGACUGCACUCGAUAAUUAUAAUCGACGAGGCCCCAUGGAUCUGGCUCAACGUCUGAACUCUCCAUACCUUCUUCUGGACGCUAUCUAUGACAUCAUGGCGAUCACUAGCCGUUCGGAAGACUGCCAAUUACAACGCAACGGGCGAAAAAUCAUUGCACUGACUGAGGUCGCACGUUCCACUCUGAAUCGCAUGGGAGUGAAAUUACACCUCUUCGUCGUCUGUUCAGAGACUCUACUGCCGUACAAGAAGGCGUACUUCAAGUUGUUGCUUGUAAUCAAAAGCCGCAAGCGCGCUUUCCCCUCGGACACCAUGAUGGACGAACGAAUCACCCGGCUCUUGUUACCCCUACACACCAAUUUCGAUAUACGCUUCGGGGGAGUUGACCCCCGUGCUCAACUGGGCAUCGAGGAAUUGCUAGUCCCUCAGGCCCGCCAGCAUGUAAAGUCUGCUGCUGCUCUCUCGUCAGCGCGAAAGCCCUACGCAGAGAUAGAUGACAUGCAAUCACCGGAUGCUUUCAUGGAAAAGAGACAGAGAAUCAACGAGAUGGGAGAAUUUGUCAAGCUGCAAGCUGCGACCAACUUCAUUAGAACUGGUGUAGCGCCCAAGUACCCAGCGGCCGACCCGGGUUACAUCGAGGCAAAAAGUCUGGUGCCAAACCUGUUAGUCCUUCCCCAAUACCCAGCGGUCAACCCAGAGGCACAACCUCUUGUGCCUGAGCAAGGCCCAGCGGACGACAACGGGCAGCCUCCUCGCCCUCGCAGGCCGUUCACCCGAACGAAUGCCUCAUACUUUGACCUUGUUGAGACUGCCAACGGGAAGGAACUAGUUCCUCGUCCUUGGAAUGUGGACUAAUCGCUACCACAUUGUACUUACAUCAAAACCCUCAUCUGCGUCGUCGACGCACGUCAUUUCAUGGAUAU